ACACCUCCGUCAAGCUCUUCGGUCAACCCUCAAGUUUACUAUCCGACACAACCACAAUGACUACACCCGUGGUCAUCUCUCGCCACCUUCACUGCCCCAUCUGCAAGAACCUGCUGACAGAUCCGGUCUCAACCACCUGUGGACACACCUUCUGCAAGGGCUGUCUGGACAAGCACAUCAGCAUAACCGAGCUGCAGUGCCCUCUCUGCCAGGAGCCUGUGACCACCAAACCCUCCAUCAACGAAGCCAUCGAAGCCCUGCUGCGAGAGUUUCGCCAGACUCAGCUACCCAACCUAGACCUCUUCUGUGGAGAAAGAGACGCGAUUCCGUGCGACGUCUGUGACGAACACCUCACGUUUAAAGCCGUGAAGUCCUGCCUGAUCUGUCUGCUCUCCUUCUGCGAUGAGCACCUGAAGCCUCACCAGUCUAUGGCAAGAUUCAAGGGCCAUAAGCUGGUGAAUCCUGUGGAGAAGCUGGAUCAGAGAGCGUGCAAUAUGCACGGCAGACCUCUGGAGCUCUACUGCAGACGUGACGAGUGCUGCAUCUGCGCCUUGUGUGUGAAGACGGGUGGAGACGUGGUACCUGUGGAGUCAGAGAGAGAGAGGAGACAGGCCGUGCAGCAAAACACUAUUGAGGUGAUGGAAAGGAUGAUCAAUCAGAGGGAAGACAAACUUGAGAAGCUUAAGGAAUCAGCUGCAAAAUACCAGUCGCUUAAGUAG